CAUGAAAUAAUUCACACUGGAGUGAAACCAUAUGUAUGUAAGAAAUGUGGGAAAGCUUUUAACACACGGGCAAAUUGUCAAAUACAUGAAAGAAUUCACACUGGAGAGAAACCCUAUGUAUGUAAGCAAUGUGGGAAAGCUUUUAACACACAGACAAAGUGUAAAAUACAUGAAAGAAUUCACACUGGAGAGAAACCAUAUAUAUGUAAGCAAUGUGGGAAAGGUUUUACCCAACGUGGAGCUUGUAAGCAACAUGAAAGAAUUCACACUGGAGAGAAACCAUAUGUAUGUAAGCAAUGUGGGAAAGCUUUUAACACACAUGCAUAUUGUAAGGUUCAUGAAAGAAUUCACACUGGAGAGAAACCCUAUGUAUGUAAGCAAUGUGGGAAAGCUUUUAACACACGUGCACAUUGUAAGGUUCAUGAAAGGAUUCACACUGGAGAGAAACCCUAUGUAUGUAAGCAAUGUGGGAAAGCUUUUAACACACGUGCACAUUGUAAGGUUCAUGAAAGAAUUCACAAUGGAGUGAAACCAUAUGUAUGUAAGCAAUGUGGGAAAGCUUUUAACACAUGGGCAAAUUGUAAAAUACAUGAAAUAAUUCAUACUGGAGAGAAACCCUAUGUAUGUAAGCAAUGUGGGAAAGCUUUUAACACAUGGGGAGAUUUUAAGAAACAUGAAAGAAUUCACACUGGAGAGAAACCCUAUGUAUGUAAGGAAUGUGGGAAAGCUUUUAACACAUGGGCAAAUUAUAAAGUACAUGAAAGAAUUCACACUGGAGAGAAACCCUAUGUAUGUAAGCAAUGUGGGAAAGCUUUUAACACACGGGCAAAAUGUAAAAUACAUGAAAGAAUUCACACUGGAGAGAAACCAUAUGUAUGUAAGCAAUGUGGGAAAUGUUUUACCCAAUAUGGACAUUCAUCUUAUAAUUAA